GGCCCGUGGCGGUGCCGGCCGCAUGAAGCGGCACCUCGUUCUCAAGCACGAGUCCACGUACUCGCGGCGACCGCACUUGCUCGAGUCUUUUGAGGCGCCGCUCGUCUCGGACGCCAGUGCGCUGUCGCCGCGGACUGUCCAGCGUCAAUUGGCCGAGCUCGCGGGGCUUCGCCAGCGCGUUUCCGCCCUCGAAGAGCUCCUCUCGAGCCAGCAGGUCGAGCCCACGAAAAGUCUUCCACAGCUCAACCCUCUCACGGUGCAGCCCAUGCUCCAUGCGUGCCAGUCGACCACGGACCUGCCGCCGAAAAUGACAGCGAUUAUAUCGCGCACGACGACAGCACCGGCGCUCUUCCCACUCUUCCCGGCUGAGACCAAGCCCGAGGCGGCACCACCCGAUUCUAUUGCAACGAGCGUCGACCCUGCCCACCACAUUUUUGCGGAUUUUCGGGCGCCCGACACGAUUACGACCAAAUUUAUGACAGACCAAGACGGCACCAUGACCGUUGUGACGUCGCAUCGCGCGCAGCUCUACGCGACGAUCCAAGCAAUCACCAAGCGUAUUUUACUCAAAGAUGAGCAGAUCUUUCGAUUAAAGAAAAUGGUCGAUGCCGAAUUUGGCGAUGUGAUCCAAGUCCUUCAAGAGCUUGAGCACGAGCUGGACCCGGUGGUGGUCGAAGCGCGCAUUCUGCAUUUGCUCCAAACGGGCUCACCAUCCAAGUUUAUGAUGGCGGCGCCGCCGUCGUUCAACGCGUCCGAGGUGCCGUACCCACUAGCCAAGAUCGCGCAGGCACUCGCGGGAACUGCAAAGGACCAAGAAGUUGUCGUCCUCGUCUCCAGCGGCGCGUACAACCCCGUGCACAUGCUCCACUUGCGCGCAUUUUACGUCGCCCGCCAACACAUUGAGAGCAACUACAAGUUUCCGGUUGUGGGCGCCAUCAUUUCCCCGUGCCACGAUACGUACGUGCGCACCAAGAACCGCCGCAAACCGCGCGAAAUGAUUCCGAAGUCCCACCGGUUGGGAAUGCUUGAAGCUGCGACUGCCACGUCAUCGUGGAUCGAAGUCGACAAGUGGGAGAUUACACGGCGUCGCGUGCUCGACUACCUCAGCACUCUUACGCACGUGCGCGAGAUCUGCGAAGCCCAAUUUCCAGCCUACAAAUUUCGCGUCUUGUACGUUUGCGGCGUGAACACGAUCGUCAAGCUGAGCCACACGGCCCUCCGCGACGAGGGCUUUGGCUGCAUCGCCGUGUGUCGCCCCAACCAAACCGAAAUGCUCAUGAAGCAUCUCGGCGCAAAGUGGUCCAAAACCGCGAUCGUUGUCGAGGACAUGGGCGUCUUGACCUGUGAGCUCGAGCGUGCAACGUCGUUUCGCGUCCGCAAGUCGCUCGUCCAGAAUGAAGCUUGCGCGUCGAUGGUUGGCAAGCACGUGAGCGACUACUUGGUGCAGCACCGCAUCGGCGACAAGAUUGCGGGGCGUGAGCCGUGGACCUCUGAAGACCGUCUCUGGCGGUCCAAAGACCUUCCAUACGUCGAGUACAGCGACUUGGAAAUUCAAGUUGGUCGGUCGCACUAAGAUCUAAGACGAAGAAUCCACCAGUCAACAUUGUGAUUGGCUGGAAA